CUGCGGCGGGGGCAACGAAUCUCCGCGCCUACCCGCCCCGCGGCGCGCGCCGCGGUGGCCGCCGCCGCGGACCGCCGCCCCCGCGCUGGCAGCGCAGGCCGGCUUGUGGGCCAAGUGCGGCAAGCGCGCUGCGCGUCUCGCCUGCCGCCCGACGCGCCGGCCCCGGGUGGUGGCUGCGGGCAGACCGGGCAGGCGUCCACCCGCCGCCCAGCAGCGCCGACCUGCGCGUCCCGCCCUCCCGAGGCAGGCCCGUGGCCGCCCGCCGCCGGUGGCGGCGGGGGCGGACAGGCACAGAUGAACGCUGUCAGCUGCCCCUGCACCAAAUGCCAGUCAAGAUAUGGUGGCAACAGCAACCAGACUGAUUCAAGCAAUGACCUGCUGUUCUCCCUUGAUACCACCACCGCCAUGCAAGGUGUCCUGACGGAUGGAAUAGCAUUGUGCUGCACAAUGUGAGCAAUACAGUGUCAUUCUGUAAACGUUGCAGCCCACUUUUGGACAACUGUUUCAUUUGCUCAUUAUUAAAAUCGUUGGCAGCUAUUUGAUUAUUAAAAUCAUCAUCAUGACAUGAAUUAAUUUCUCUGCCCUUUUUGAUAAAUAAAUAGAGAUAUUGUCAGG